CCGGGGCCGGCUUAGCUGCUCGGGUGCGCGCUUCGGGGCCUCUGUGCUGCCGGCAGCCUCCGGAGCCGGCAGUCAGUACGGGCAGAGACAUCCAAGCAAGCUCCCCUCUUCUCCGCGCCCCGUUUGCCCCAAGCCCGACCGAGCUCUGCCUCUCGCAUCUUUUCCCGGCACCAAACAACGCGUUAAUCCAACUCUUCAUCCAAGUGCUUCGCGCUUCCGGAAGAAGGUAGCGGAUUUACAAAAGGUGCAGUUUUGGGCAGAUUUGAAGACUGGUAUUUUGAGAACUUGUAAAACAGGAGACGUGUUUGAGAUGUGGUGGUUUCAGCAAGGCCUCAGUUUCCUUCCUUCAGCCCUUGUAAUUUGGACGGCUGCUGCUUUCAUAUUUUCAUAUAUCACUGCUAUAACACUUCACCAUGUUGACCCUGUUUUGCCUUAUAUCAGUGACACUGGUACAGUAGCUCCAGAAAAAUGCUUGUUUGGGGCAAUGUUAAAUAUUGCUGCAGUUUUAUGCAUUGCGACCAUUUAUGUUCGUUAUAAGCAAGUUCAUGCUCUGAAUCCUGAAGAGAGUCGUAUCAUCAAAUUAAACAAGGCUGGCCUUGUACUUGGAUUACUGAGUUGUUUAGGACUUUCUAUUGUGGCAAACUUCCAGAAAACCACCUUUUUUGCUGUACAUGUAUGUGGAGCUGUGCUCACCUUUGGCAUGGGCUCAUUAUACAUGUUUGUUCAGACUAUCCUUUCCUACCAAAUGCAGCCCAAAAUUCACGGCAAACAAGUCUUCUGGAUCAGACUACUGUUGGUUAUCUGGUGUGGAGUAAGUGCAUUUAGCAUGCUGACUUGUUCAUCACUUUUGUACAGUGGCAGUUUUGGCGCUGAUAUAGUACAGAAACUCCAUUGGAAUCCUGAGGACAAAGGUUAUGUGCUUCACAUGAUCACUACUGCAGCAGAAUGGUCUAUGUCACUUUCCUUCUUCGGUUUUUUCCUGACUUAUAUUCGUGAUUUUCAGAAAAUUUCUUUACGGGUAGAAGCCACUUUACAUGGAUUAACCCUCUAUGACACUGCUCCUUGCCCUAUUAACAAUGAACGAACACGGCUACUUUCCAGAGAUGUAUGAUGAAAGGACAAAAUAUACCUAUGGUGAUUAUGAUUCUCAGGGAUUGGGGAAAUAUUCAUGAAAGUUACUUAUUCUGCUCUGAAAUUUUCAACCAGUUAAUCAAGGCUGACAGUGAUAUCAAAGAAUCCUGAUAAUCAAGAGACAUGAAUUAAGCCAUUUGAUGUUGUUUUAAAGGAUAUCUUCAAGAGGACUGUGAAAAAACAUUUAUGCCUAUACUUUUUUAUCCCAGAAAAUAAAACCAAAGGACUACAAAAUUGUAGAUUUUUUUCUACUUUUUUAAGAGAAACAACCAGAAGUGCACCAAGCAGUCUGCAAAAUCCAGCUUUUCACAUUUUAAAAAACAUUACAAAUCAUAUUUUGUUUGGAGCACUUAUGUGAGAUAUGUUUCAGGACCCCAAAUAAUCAGCAGUGCUCAACAGCUCCUUUAAAAUUGGGCUUUGAAGUAAUAGUUUUACCAUAUUAAUACAUUUCUUAUAGUGUUUAUAAAAUUUAUUUCGUCUGGAAUCCAACUUUAAAGGGAAGCAGACCUGAAUUCAUGUGAGCACUUUUAUUGCUUAAGCUUUGCACAAGAGAUUCUGUAGAUAUUGAUUUGAUUCCUGCCACAAGGCCAGAUAGUAUGCUAACUGGUGUAUACACAUGCUUGUGAUAGUUUCAUGAAGCUUAGUCUCUGAUAUGAGAUUUUAAUUACUAAUGAAUGAGAAAAGUAGCUAUAGGUAAAUUUACUCCAGUUGUGUUUUGCAUAAGGCAAUGGUUAGUGUUCCUACACAAGUCUGAGAAGUUUGUGAAUAACAGUAAGUAUAAUUAAAAUAAAAGUCACCUCAAACUGCACUCAAGAGUGAAGAUUUUCAUUUAUAGCAAAUUAUAAUUACUUGAAAAAG